UAGACCCCUACCUACUCUCUCUCUAUCUCUCUCUCAUCUCCCAUUAUUCAAAUCCCCAGUACUCUAAUCAGCAUUUCUCUUUCUUCUUGGUCACAGUGACGAGCCUCUAGUUUUUCUGUACCCUUGAAGCUUCUGGUUGUCUCGUUAGGCAAUAACAUCAAGAAUCUCUCUCUCUCUCUCUCUAAACUUCAAGCUUUUUCAGUUUUCUAUUCAACAUACAAUGGCACCAAACUAACCAAUCAGAAUAUUUUAUUCACUUGUUUUUUUGGGGGACCAUAUGCAUUUCUUUCCACCUUCACCCAUUAAUGGAAUAGAAUAGUAUAAUUCAAUCCACUUCACACCUGUCCAUGUUUAUAUAUACGUUUGUGUGUGUGUAAAUAUAUAUAUAUUUAUACAUACACUACACCCAAUUGCCAAAAUUCUCUCCGCUUCGUCAAGCAAAGCAAGCCCAACUUUUUCUCUUUUCAACUAUCUUCAUUUCUUUAUCCAUCUUGUGGUUCCUGGGUUUCUGUGCUGUCUAGAGAUCUACUUCAGAAUGGGGUUUUCCCCAAGUGGUUGCAUUCACUCCACAGAGCCUCUUCCCAACCAAAUCGCCCCUACCGAUCAGUACUGCGAUGACAAUGAGCUGAAAAUCAAGCCCUUGUUGUACAAGAUGGUUUGGGAAUUUGGGUUGGCUUGUUUCCUUCCUUCUUCUCGGAGGGCCAAAGAUCAGAAGGCCGGGAAGAACCCAGAGCACAACAAGGCGUGGCUGCUGGCCGAAUCUGGUGGGUGUGGCGCAGAGUUGUCAAGCGCCGAGCCGCAAUCCGUUCAUUCUUCUUUCAGGUUCAGUCUCUGCUCCCAAGUUGAGCUUGAAUCAAUUAGUGUGGCAAAUGCUUCUUCUUCUUCUUCUUCUUCUUCUUCUUCGGCAACUGUGUUGAUGGUGAAUUUGGACAAUGGGUUUUCGGACACUCGAUCUAAAGAGCUGAAAUGGCGGAGAAUUGAGUCGUUGGAGAGGAGUAUUUCUCCUGUGGCUCAUUCCUUGGUUAGGUUUAGCUACGAUGAAAUUCUAUCUGCAACUCGCAGUUUUUCUAAAGGCAGAGUUCUGGGAAGAGGAGCAUUGAGCUGUGUUUUCAGGGGAAGGGUUGGGUUUUUGAGGACUACAGUGGCGAUCAAGCGUUUGGAUAAGGAGGAUAAGGAAUCUUCAAAGGCAUUUUGCAGAGAACUGAUGAUUGCUAGCUCACUUCACCACCGGAAUAUUGUUCCUCUUGUGGGCUUUUGCAUUGACCCAGAUGAGGGUAUGUUUUUGGUCUACAAAUAUGUUUCUGGUGGAAGCCUGGAGCGGUUUUUACACGAGAAGAAGAGGGGAGUGAAGGGUGGCCCAUCACUUCCAUGUUCCGUGAGGUAUAAGGUUGCAGUUGGAAUUGCAGAGGCCAUUGGCUAUUUGCACAAUGGAACUGAGAGAUGUGUUGUCCACAGGGACAUUAAACCUUCUAACAUCCUUUUAUCGUCUAAAAGAAAACCGAAGUUGUGUGACUUCGGAUUAGCUACAUGGACUCCUGCACCUUCAGUCCCUUUCCUUUGCAAAACCGUGAAAGGAACUUUCGGUUAUUUGGCCCCCGAAUAUUUCCAGCAUGGGAAAGUAUCUGAUAAAACUGAUGUUUAUGCCUUUGGGGUUGUCCUCUUGGAGCUAAUUAGUGGAAGGAAGCCAAUUGAAGCAAAGAGGGGUCCAGGAGAAGAAAAUUUGGUUGUGUGGGCGAAGCCACUGCUGCAACAGGGAGCAAUCGAAAGGUUGGUUGACCCAGAGCUGAAACUGACCCCUAAGAACUCGAGUCGAGUAGCUUGGAUGGCUCAAGCUGCAGCCACCUGCAUAAACAGCGAAGAAUCCAGGAGGCCAGGCAUCAAUGAGAUUAUUGCAAUAAUAAGAGGAGAAGAACCUAUUGGCUCUAACAGCAAGAAGUCUAGCUUUCGCAGCAGUUGCCCUCAGUUACAACAGAUGAGAAGUGAGAUGACAAGCCAUUUAGCCUUGGCAAUGCUAGGAGUUUCAGAGUUUGAAGACGACGAUCACCUUUACUGCCGUUGAGACUUAGACUCGUCGAACAACCUCUCGUAGUAUGUUGCUUGCCCGAUGAGCAGGUAAAUCUAAAACUAGAAAGGGUUGAUACUGUACAUAGAAUGGAGUCUCAUGAAAAUUUGUGUACAGUUUUUCAUAUUUUGCCAUUGCUCUGAAAGCGAUGAUAUUUUGUUUUCUUUUCUCUUUCUUCUUUUCAAUGAAUCUCAGACUCCAAAUUUCUAUAGAAGAUUGCU